UUUCAAGCCGUGGAUGUUCGUCUUCACAGCAGUUUGGCCGAAGUAUGUGUAUUGUUCACCCGACAGGCCGAUCGUAAGUUGAUCAGCUGAGUACUUCGUUGUUCUCAUGGUGCAUCUUCAUAUAAAGAGUUCCUUGGUUCUCGGACUAUAAGGUACACAGACUGAAGAGUUAUACCGUCAGGAGUGCUCCAACGAUUCACAAUCCAUUCAGCUAUGCCUGGAGCAACAUUGCCCCCCUUUCCUGACAAUGUACCCACUCACCCACUUCUAGUCGUAGACUAUCAGCUCCUCAAAGAAGGUCAGCAGCAAGAAAUUGACACAUUGUGGGAAGCCGCUACGACUCUCGGGUUUUGGUACCUGAAGAACCAUGGAGCUGACCAAGUUGUAAGCGACAUGUUUGAUAUGGGAGCGGAAACGAUGGAUUUGCCUCUCGAAGAAAAGCUGAAGUUUGAACAAGGAGACGAUGGACAGUCAUCUGGGUAUAAAAAGGCUGGUGCUUGUGCAACAGACGAGACGGGGAAACUUGAUGCUGCUGAAUUUAUCAAUGUAUCUAAGGACGAUGCGCUGGCUUAUCCAAGGAUUGCUCGACGGACCUAUCCACAGACUGUGAAUGCUCGUAUGGAGUCGACUAUCACACCAUUCGUACAGAAGUCGCUGGAUGUCAACUAUACUAUCUUGAAGAUAUUCAAUGACAAGCUUGGUCUUCCUGAAGGCACACUAUCCAGGCUCCAUGACAUCAACGAAUUCAGUGGAAGUGAGGCGAGAUGCAUCAAGACCCCGCCUAUGCCCGGGAAGUCAUUGGCCGACAAAGCGGCGCUCGGUGCACAUACCGACUUCGGCUCACUGUCAUUCCUACACAAUAGGCUAGGUGGUUUGCAAGUUCUUCCUCCCGGACAUGAACGAUGGUUAUAUGUAAAGCCUCUUCCUGGUCACGCUAUCUGCAACGUCGGAGAUGCGUUAACUGUAUUCAGCGGUGGAAUCCUUCAGUCUAACAUUCAUCGUGUGGUCGCUCCCCCGGGGGAUCAAAGCUAUCACGAAAGGUGGUCUCUUGUGUUCUUUAUACGCCCCGGAGACUCUGUUGUUCUCAGGGCCUUGGUAGAAGAUAGCUCUGUAGUUGCCAAGUCUGUCGCAGAGAAGCCCGAUAGAAAUUUUGAGACAGGUUCAACAGCAGCUGCGUGGUUUGCCCGCCGAGUCAAAAAUCAGAGGAUCAAUAAUCGAACUGGUCCAGAGACCUGGCGUGCAAGCAGAGGAACGGAACAUAAACCGGCUGCGGCAUGAGGCUUCAUUGGCGGUUUAUUCGAAGAAAUGUAUAUUUAUAUGGGAUGAUUCUGCUAUCAGGACUAUAACGUCGCUUCCCGUAACUACAUGCAAUAUGCUAUGGAUUUUCGUCGUGCGUUGUUGUUUUCCCAUGAGCUCACAAGGCCAAAAGAAGUGUGGAGCAUAUUUUGAAGAAUCCAAGAGUGAAUAUAAAUUGACUCUACUACUAUCGGAUUGGUGACGUAGAAUGCUAUCUAACGAUUUUUU